AUGGGAAUCAUAGUUCCAGUUCUGACCCUUGUUUUCCUCUUGUUCACUACAGUGAGCCAUGCAGCCUCCAAACCGAGGGUGAUUCUGGUCGGCGGAUCUGUGGGGUCGUGGAAGGUUCCAGAUUCUCCCAGCAACACUCUCAAUCAAUGGGCCGAGAACAAUCGUUUCAAAGUCGGCGAUUUCCUUGUGUGGAAGUACGACGCAAAAGUAGAUUCGGUGUUACAAGUGACAAAGGAAGAUUAUGAUAGUUGUAACACAGCAAAUCCCUUGAAGCUAUACAAUAAUGGAGAGACAAAGGUCGAGCUAGACAAAUCAGGAGCGUACUUCUUCAUCAGUGGUGCUCCCGGUAACUGCGGUAAAGGCGAAAAGAUUCAUAUUGUAGUUUUGUCUGAACGUAAACCUGGUGGUGGUGGCCCAGGCUGUGACGACGGUGGCAAUCCUAAGGUUUCUCCUGUUAGUUCUCAGGAUCAAGCCCCAGCCCCAGCUCCAGCUGCUAACGCUGCGGUUGGGUUGAAGGUUGGAAGCAGUUUGUUCUUGACCGCGGUUGCAAUUGGUUUAGCUAUGGCUUAG